AAGUGAGAAAAAUGUACCAAAGUUUGUAUAUUUAAAUAAUUGUUUUUUUUAGUAAUUAUUAAUAAUAAAAAAAUAACUUGGAGGAGAAGGAAAAAGGCAAGCGACCAGCGUUGGCCGUAAACUUAUAAAUAAAAAGUACACGUAACUAUAGGGAUCACCACUGAUCAAGGAGAACCCAAAUCAAGACAAAGUUGCCAUUGUCAACAGUCAAAAUUAGCUCAGAAAGCAAAGAUGAGUUUUCUCGCGGGAAGAUUAGCCGGGAAAGAAGGAGCUUACUUUUUCCAGGAAUCCAAACAGGCAGUGAGCCGUAUGGUGGCUAACAAGAAAGCGUCACCAUCGCCGCCUACUCAAUCUUCUUCUUCUUCUUCUUCAGCUCCGGUGACUGAGCGUGAAGACCUAGCCGACGCGCUUCCCGAGGUGUUGCGCCACUCUCUGCCGUCCAAGCUAUUUCAUCAGGAGACGUCUAAUUCAACGCCUUCCUUAUACUCUGCCUCCAAAUGGGAUAUUCCCUCUGACCCUAACGCUCGCCUUUCUAUCAAUGCCGAGGCUUUGAACCCACUCAGGUCUUACCUUUCUCUGCCUCAGGUCACCUUUGGCCCCAAAAGGUGGGAAUUGCCCGAAUCAAAUUUUGGGGUCUCGGCCUCAACAGCUAAUGAAUUGCGUCGAGACAAGCAUGUCCCUAUUAAUCCUGAGAAGGUGAAAGCUGCAGCUGAAGGGCUUCAACAAAUUGGAAAGGCUUUUGCUGCUGCUACCACUCUAGUGUUUGGUGGUGCCACUUUGAUGCUUGGGAUGGCAGUGUCCAAACUAGACUUGCAGAAUAGGGAAGAUAUCCGAACAAAGGGAAGAGACCUUGUUGACCCAAGUCUUGAGAUUCUUAAGGAGCAACUACUUCCCUUAAAAGAUUGGGCUGCUAACAUGUCGAAGAAAUGGCAUUUGGAAAGGACAGAAGAUGUAAAGGAGAAGCCUCUUAUAAAGCAACUUUCUAAAAUUUUGGGUGCUAAUCCAACAGAUUGAUUUCAGUGUACACUAGUAGUAACUAUUUUCAGUGUUUGAAUUAAAGGUGUAAAUAGCUAUGAGUGCUUAUAUUGAUGGCUAUGGGUCCAAGAAAAGUAAAGCAUUAUUCUAUGUCUGUUGCCUGCACAUGUUUUGAUGUACUAUAAUAAGAAGUAAUACUUGCUUGUUGAUUUGCUACUUUAACUAAUCUAAGUUUAUUGAUUGUGUUGUGAAA